AGUGCUGGCCCCUGCCACCCCCGCCCCCAAAAUUCGCCCCUGUUUACAGAAAACUGCCAUUAAACCCUAAUUCCAACCCAAACGGAAGCUAUUACGCCGGACGAGAUAGUUCUCUCUCGCCUCUCAAUUUCAAAAUGAGAUAGCUACUAUUGGAGUUCAAUCCAAUCCAACUCUUUUCUUCUUCACCACCGAAAGUAGAAAAAAUGGAUAAUAAGGACACAGCUCAUUCUCAUCUAUUGAGUUUUCUCAAUGCUAUUCCUCCGGUUGACUUUUGCUGCGUCUAUGGCUCGACUCUUCAUUCAACCGAUUCUGGCAAGUCAACCAUGGUAGAUUACAUACUCGGCGUGUCUGACCCCCUGCAAUGGCAUUCCGAGAAUCUAAAAAUGAAUGCAGAUCAUUACGCCUCAUGGAUGGUGCUUCUCGGUGGGGCGAAACUGAUUACUAAUGUUGCAGACAAAUUAGGCGUAGGAGUACAUUUCAACCCGUAUGUUACUUGGAAUAACAAGAUGUUGAAAUAUGGAGUUGUUAGAAUGCAUGACUUGAUCCAAGACAUACUAAAUUGGGAGAGCUUCUACUUGAGUGGUCGUUUGCAAAAACCGGUAAAUAUGCUUGUGGAUAACCUGGACAUUGAAACUAUAAACUCAGUUAACCUUCGAGCUGCGGUGUCUGCUGCUCUCCUCCUCUUACCACCCAAAUUCACAGAGGAAGACCUUUAUGCCAAAAUAUGUAGCCUGUCAUACAUGGGUGACGUGCGUAUGCUUUUUGCAGAGGACCGAAGUAAGGUGAAGAAGAUCGUACAAGGGCAGUUUGAUUUAUUCCAGUCCAUGUAUAAGCCGUUUCUUGAAGAGUAUGAAGGCAAAGACUUCUUAAGAUUCUCAUCAUCUAAAAAUCAACUUGCAAAUAUAUCUCAGGAUUGUGGCUUACCAGUGACUCACUCGCACAUAUCUUUCCUUCCUCCAACUGUUAGAAGCCAAAUGGGGAUGAAGAUAGGGAAGAAGAAAGUAAUCAGUGAAUCUGGUAAGGUUGGGAAUGGGAAUGAGUUAGGAUUUGGGUCAAGAGAAGAGGCUGCAAAGUGCAUGCAGAAGGCAUUGAGGCGAACAGUGAUGGUUUCAAGUGCAAGGCAAGCAGUAUCUGGUGUAUUGACUGUGGGCGGUGUUAAAGCAGCUAGAUAUCUAACCAGUAAGAUGUGCAAGGCUUGGAGAUCAUGGACAAGGACAUGAUUAUCAUAACCUAAAUCAAGGCUGGGCUGGGAUGGGAAGCUGUUAUCGUAAUCUAAAUCAGGCUGGGGAUUGGGAACUGUUGUUGUGGUUGGUUAUUUAUUGUUAAAAUGAGGAAGGAUAGUGAAAGUGUUUCUCAAUCUCAUUACUAUUUUCCUUUUUGGUUAUACAUAAAAAUAUUAUUAAGAUAAAAUCUUAUUAUAUAUAUGUAUUGACUUAUUUGAAA